AUGGGGCAAACCUCAGCAGAAGGUAAUCUCGAUGAGUCAACAUUAGCACUCCUCAUUGAGAUGAUUGACAAGCAUAAUUGUUUAGCUAAGAUUUUUCGACGUGCACGAGACCACUACGAGAGCGUCGGGUCAGAGUUUGCUAUAAGGUUACUCCCAGAUAAAGGGAAUGGGAAAGAAUACGAUCUUCCGAGUACAAGUGAGGUGACAGGUCUUAUCGUGGGGGAUAUAACAUCAACAGUUGGAGAACGAGAUAUAGUGGUCAAGUUUCAAUCUGACACUUUGCAGCAGAUACGUGAUGAUCACCCUCUAUACAUGAGCCUACAAUAUCCUCUUUUGUUUCCGUAUGGUGAAUAUGGGUUUCACCCAGAGAUCCCCCUACAUCUUGAGACAGGCACUUCAAGAACAAGGAAAUUCCUAACCAUACGGCAAUACUACGCCUCUCAGAUUCAAACACGUCCUAACGAAGGGAUGACGUUGAUUAAAGGAGGUCGUCUCCUCCAUCAAUUUAUUGUGGACGUCUAUACAGCAAUUGAGGAGGAUCGACUGAGGUGGGUGAGAAAUAACAAAGAUAUUUUGAGAGCCGAGCUCUACAGUAAUGUCCUUGAUGCUGUAAGCAAAGGUGACACUGAUGCUAAAAUUAUUGGUCAGAGGUUUAUACUGCCGCCAAGUUUCACCGGUAGGCCCCGGUACUUAGUUGAGAAAUACCAUGAUGCGAAGGCUAUUUGCAGAGAAUUUGGCAAUCCAGAUUUGUUUAUCACAAUGACUGCCAAUCCUAACUGGAGCGAGAUUAAAGAGCAUAUUGGAAAAUAUAGUGGAGAUUCUCCGAAUGAUAGACCAGACAUUGAAUGCCGUGUUUUUAAGAUGAAGCAUGAUCAACUCCUCAAGGAUUUCAAAGCAGGAACUUUCUUCAAGCCAUACACGACAGCUCUCAACCGAAUAGAAUUUCAAAAGAGAGGUCUCCCUCAUGCACAUAUAUUACUGUGGUUAGGAAACUCUACCAGAACACCAAGUGCAGAAGAAGUGGAUGAAAUAAUUUCAGCUGAGCUCCCAAACAAAGAGGAAGACCCAGCUGCUUACGACUUAGUCACAAAACACAUGACCCAUGGUCCAUGUGGGCUCUUUAAUCCGAAGUCACCGUGCAUGAAAAAUAUUGUGUGCACGAAAAAGUAUCCUCGGCCAUAUAACGAAAACACUUCAAUUGACAAAUCCGGAAAUACGAAGCUCAUAUUAAUGUUGAAUGGUGUAAUCGUACAAGUGAAAUACUUAUUCAAGUACAUAACCAAGCGCAUUGAUCGAGCAACAGCUGUGAUUGAGAAAGGAAAUACAACAACUACCUCUGACGCCAUGGGAUCCGGAGGACCAAAGGAUAAAGUCGUCAAACAACGCAAUGAGAUCCAAGACUACAUCGAAGCCCGAUAUUUAUCAGCUUGUGAGUCAAUGUGGCGGACUUUCGCAUUCCACAUACACAAAAGAAAACCAUCAGUUGAGAAGCUUAUCUUUCACUUAGAAGGUGAACAUAAUAUUACGGUUAAAUCAACAGAUAACCUCGGCCGUGUAAUCCGCAAACCAGGUAUCGAGAAGACAAUGUUCACUGAAUGGAUGGUUUUAUGCAGAAUGUCAGAGUUUGCGCGGACACUAACAUAUGUGCAGAUUCCUGAAUAUUUUGUAUGGAACAACAAUGCUAAGGUGUGGACUGAACGUAAGAAAGGAAAAACCAUUGGCCGAGUCGUAGCUAUCCAUCCUUCAGCAGUUUGCCACGCACGAGGCUAUUUGGACAAUGAUGUUGAAUGGCUCGAGAGUAUGUCAGAGGGUGCUCGAACUGCCACCCCAUACCAGCUCCGCGAUAUGUUCGUCACAUUCCUAAACAAUUGCUUCGUUGCAAGCCCUAAAGGACUAUGGGAACACUCAUGGAAAUCAAUGAGCGAGGACAUACUUCACAAGAGGCAAAGGAUCUUGGGUCACGCAAAUCUGGAACUGGACGAUAAGACCUUAGAGCAAUACACAUUGACAGAAGUCAAAAAGUUGAUGCGCAUGCAUGAUCGCUCCUUAGAUGAUAUUAAAUAUAUGCCGAAGAUCAACCCUGUUUUGCUAAAGGAAUUGGGGAACAGUUUGUGGAACCAAGAAAUAGAUUACGAUGUUGCCGAGGAAACACUAAGACAUGAGAAGCAGUACAACUUACUUAAUGCUGAGCAGCGUGAGAUCUAUGAAUCAGUCAUAGAUUAUGUUGAUAAAAAAGAGGGAAAACUUUUCUUUGUAUAUGGCGCAAGGGGCACAGGAAAAACAUUCCUAUACCAGACUAUUAUAUCCAGACUUCGCUUAAGAAAACAAAUUGUUCUACCAGUUACUUCUUCGGGAAUAGCCGCAUUGCUACUACCAAACGGGAGAACAGCUCAUUCUCGCUUCAAUAUUCCGUUGAAGCUCGACGAAGAUAAGCUCUGCAACAUCAAACCAGGUACAAUGCUGGCUGAACUAAUUGAGGAAACGGACCUCAUUAUUUGGGAUGAGGCACCUAUGACACACAAGCAUGCUUUCGAAGCAUUAGACAAGACGUUGAAGGACAUAAUGUCUAUGAAAAAUCCACCCGCAAAGAAUCAGUGA